AUGACGUCCAUAAUAUCCUGGUUGCGACGGCUAUACUCUCUCGACACUCUCGAUACGCGAUUCACCUCCUCUGCCAACACUCCUCUCAAGACAGCAGCUGACACGCGACCAGCCUCUGCCAAAGAUGCCCGUGCAAAUGCCAUUGCCAGCGGUGCUUCGCCGUCGAAAUGGCGAACGCCUGAGUUCUUCAUCUAUUAUGUGGUCUUUAUCGUUUUGGUGCCUUUGAUGUUCAAAACUGUCAUUGAUGUUUCUCAAAAGAGCCAUCCGACCUAUUCGACUUACGAAGAGCUUCUUUCACCUGGCUGGAUUCCUGGCCGUCAAGUGGACAACUCCGAUGCGCAGUACGCCAGCUUCCGCGAUAACAUACCCUACCUCUUCCUGCUCUUAAUCGCCCACCCCCUACUCCGCCGUGUAUAUGAUACCUAUGUGCGCCCUUCCAGCACGACAGCAGCUCCUCUCGCAGGGGACGCUCGGCUUUGCCAACGUAUACAAUUCGAUUUCUACUUUGCCCUGGUGUUCAUCACGGCGCUCCAUGGCGUAUCUGCAUUCAAGGUCCUCGCUAUCUUGUAUGCGAACUACAAGAUUGCAAAAUCAAUUCCCAGAUCUUACAUCCCCGCGGUUACCUGGAUAUUCAACAUCUGUACCCUGUUCGCCAACGAGCUAUUUUCUGGAUACCCGCUUGCGCGCAUCGCUGCGUUUUUGGUGUCAGAGGUCCCGGGACAGAAAGAAGCCGCUCUGGUGACAUGGGCUAAGGCUAUUGAUGGAAUUGGAGGCAUAAUGCCCCGAUGGGAAAUUCUGUUCAAUAUCACGGUUCUGCGAUUGAUAAGUUACAAUAUGGACUACUAUUGGAGCUUGGAUUACCCAGCCGCGAGCCCCAUUGAAAAGAAGCAACUCGAUCCGGCGUCAUUGUCAGACCGUGAUCGCGUCAGAAUCCCAGCGGAGCCUUCGGCAUUCAAUGCGCGAAAUUACGUCGCUUAUGUGCUCUACUCUCCACUAUAUUUAACAGGUCCCAUAUUGACUUUCAACGACUACAUCGCCCAACAAAAAUAUGCGCCACCCUCUCUCACUCGCUCUAGAACUAUUCUAUACGGAAUUCGUUUAUUCCUCACUGUCCUCUGCAUGGAGCUUGUCCUGCAUUACAUCUACGUCGUGGCCAUCUCCAAAGCAUCUCCGAACUGGUCCGCAUACACCCCGGGCCAGCUCAGCAUGAUGGCCUACUUCAACCUGCACGUCAUCUGGUUGAAACUGCUGAUUCCUUGGCGCUUCUUCCGUUUCUGGGCUCUUCUCGAUGGCAUUGACCCACCCGAGAACAUGAUCCGCUGUGUCUCGGACAAUUUCUCUGCCUUCGGCUUUUGGAGAGGUUGGCACCGCUCUUAUAACCGCUGGAUUGUCCGCUACAUCUACGUGCCUCUCGGCGGAGCCGGAAGUCGCGCGAGUAGCGGUAAAGGCUCAUCCGGCUUAGCAUCCAAAGGCCGACAGAUCUUCAACUUCCUCACCGUCUUCACAUUCGUCGCUCUCUGGCACGAUAUCAACCUCCGUCUUCUUAUGUGGGGCUGGCUCAUUACCCUCUUCGUUCUGCCCGAAGUCAUCGCCACUCUACUAUUCCCUGCAAACAAGUGGCGGUCUCACCCAACGACCUACCGUGUUCUCUGCGGAGUCGGUGCAGUUGGCAACGUCUUCAUGAUGAUGAUAGCCAAUCUGGUCGGAUUUGCGGUGGGCGUGGACGGAUUGAAGGGCCUUUUGGCUGGGAUUCUUGGGUCUUAUUCCGGCUUUGCGUUCCUGGUGUCGACUUGCUUUGCGCUCUUUGUCGGAGUGCAGGUCAUGUUUGAGAUUCGGGAAGGGGAGUUAAGAGCUGGUAUUAACUUGAAGUGUUAA